AUGGCAUUCUUCCCAACCACUCCAGGUCUAUCCUUCUACUCUAUCCCCAUCGCCUGGAUCCUCUCCCUAGUCCCCCACGUCUUUGCAGUUAAAACCUACGAAGCAGCCAGUUCGAGAAAAUUCGAUAAUACCCAACCGCGCAGCCUGACUAACACCGUCGCCUCUGAUCAAUCGCUGUCGAAGGCAACGAAGGACACCAUCAUCCGCGCCGAAGGAGCCCAGCAAAACGGGUUCGAGAACCUCGGCAUCUUCGCCGCUGGCGUCGUCGCGGGCAAUGCCGCCGGCUUGGACGCGGGUUACCUGAAUGCGCUGAGUAUGGCGUAUAUCGCCAGCAGGGUCGUGUACAAUCUUGUGUACAUCAACAAUACGACCCUGGCGGUGGCGAAUGUCAGGUCGGUCGUCUAUGUCGGCAGCUCGGCGUUGAUAUUCACGAUGUAUGUGAGCGCGGGGUUGAAGAUGCGGGAGGUGGCGGGGGGUUAG